AUUGAAUUCCACAGUUCACGUCGCCUUGACAUUAACAUUUAUGUCUGGAAAAUUCCAAAAGCUGAUGAUGAGAAACCACACGUCAGUUACAACAUUCAUCCUCCUGGGACUCACAGAUGAUCCUCACAUAGAAAUCUCAUUUACAACUGCCUGUGUUCCAAGACACUUAUACAGUAUUUCAACUGGAGACAGAGAAAUUACCUAUAAUGCAUGUGUUACUCAAUUAUUUUUUACAGCUCUAUUUGGAGUAACUGAGUUUUUUCUUUUGGCUACCAUGUCAUAUGAUCGUUAUGUGGCCAUCUGCAAACCUUUGCAUUAUAUGACUGUCAUGAACAACAAGGUGUGUAAAACAAUGAUUAUUUCUUGCUGGAUAUCAGCACUCAUGAUCAUCCUCCCGCCACUUAGUUUAGUCUUACAUCUGGAAUUCUGUGAUUCUAAUAUCAUUGAUCAUUUUGCAUGUGAUGCAAACCCUCUCCUGAAAAUAUCGUGCUCAGACACGUGGUUAAUUGAGCAGAUGGUUAUAGCCUCUGCUGUGUUGACUUUCAUCAUUACUCUUAUAUGUGUACUCUUCUCCUACAUAUACAUCAUAAGGACAAUUCUAAAAUUCCCUUCUGCUCAGCAAAAGAAAAAGGCCUUUUCCACCUGCUCUUCUCACAUGAUCGUCGUUUCCAUCACCUACGGCAGCUGCAUCUUCAUCUACAUCAAACCAUCUGCAAAGGAAGAGGUGACCAUUAACAAAGGUGUGUCAGUGCUCAUUUCCUCCAUAUCACCCAUGCUGAACCCUUUUAUAUAUACUCUGAGGAACAAGCAAGUUCGACAAGCCUCUCACAACUUACUCAAGAAAACAGCAUUUCUCUUAAAGAAGUAA